AUGAAUUUAGGCCGCGAAAUUCGCAGGUUCAUCGACCAAUCAAGUGCUAAAAGCUCACGGAAGCUUGAGAAUGUGCGUCGACAGUUGGAUGCCAUUGGGUUCCCUCAAAUUUGCGACUGGAAGCGCUACCAAUGGAAAGAAUUGUUACUUGCAGCUUUGAUACAGUACAAGAAGAUCAAGGGCGACUUAUUGGUGCCUGGUAAGUUUGUGGUACCAGAAGGAGAUGAUCAAUGGCCACGAUCUACGUGGGGGCUGAAAUUAGGCUCUCACGUAAACUUCCUACGCUACAAACGGGAUAGUUUAAUCAAGUACAAGAUUAAGGAUCUCGACGACAUUGGGUUCGUCUGGGUAGUAGCAGACUAUAACUGGGAUAUGCUAGUGAUGCCAGCGUUACGACAUUAUCAAGAAAUAUAUGGGCACUGCAAUGUGCCACAGAAUUUUGUAGUUGGCGAAGGUGACGAAAAUGGAUCAUCGGAUCGGUGGCCGCAAGAGCUGAUAGGAUACCGGCUGGGAGCGACAGUGAACCGCAUACGAGCCGGUUCGGCGUAUGCAGCGCACGUGAAUUGUGACCGAAAAAAGCUUAGAGCUUUGGGCUUUUACCAUCAUAGUCGCGAUCAUACAUGGGCAAAAACAAUCUUGCCAGCUUUUGAGACGUAUCAUCGUAUCUAUGGAAACUGCAACAUCGAUACGCUGUUUAUUGUGCCAGAAGAUGAGCCAUGGCCACCGUCGACGUGGGGCAUGCGUCUUGGUUUUAUUGCGCGGAAUAUUCGAAACCGUGGUGACUACUUUUUACAAGUUGCAAAGGACGUUGAAAAGCUGAAGAAAAUCGGGUUUGUGUGGAACGUAGUAGCAACGAAGUGGGAGAACGCGGUGAUGCCUGCUUUGAAUACCUACGUGCACAAGUAUGGAAAUAGUGAGAUUCCAGCAAACUUUGUGGUCCCAUGUGAAAAUCCUUGGCCAACGCCGUCACAUGGAUUGAAACUGGGGGAACUAGCAACAAGCGUAUCGCAACGAAAGCAAUUCAUUGACUUUAUCGAGAUUGAUCGCAUACAAUUGGAAGCACUUGGUUUUUUCUGGUCACCGUUGGGACUUGAUGAGAUCAAUGAAAGUGACGAGUUCUAUUUGUAA